GUUAUCCCACUCUCCAUGAAGAAGUCACGCAGGGAGGUGUUGAGGCAGGCAAGAAGAAGCCAGAGAAUUUUUUUGGUUAGGUAUCUUCGACUAAUUGAAUCCCAUUCUACAUUUGCAAAGGAUUUUAUUAAGUAGGCGAACGAGUUAACAUCGCCACAAAGGAAAAUCUCCAGCAACUUGGCAGCAUGAUUAUCUUCAAAAGUAGCAAGGUCACGCAAACUUGGUCCGAAUAGCAUUUGAAUUUAUCGUCAAAAAUAUUUGCAUAGUAAUUUGCAUGAGUACACCUGCAAAUACAAAUUUAAAGCCACAAAACUUGUUGGAUUGUGAAACAUGCAUAGUAAGUAAGACCAUGCAAAUUAUAAUCUUAUUAUCACGGCUGUCCUUAAGAAUAUUUUAGCAACUCAAUCCUACAGUGUGUUCAAUCUCAAGACCUAACAUUUCACUAGGAAAGGAAUACAAGUUAUUAAUAAUAUUGUGAAAAGGUGAAGCUUGUUGACAAUGGGUCACAAAAUCGAAAGUGAUUCCUCAGUAAUUAGGUUAAGUUUACUCGCAACAAGAGUCGUGAUCCUUUUCAAUGUGGUUGGACUCGCAAGUGCUCAACUUCCCAGUGAAUUCCAAAGCUCAAAGGAUCCAGUCACUGAUAUUUUCAGUUUGGCCCAAAUUUUGAAGAGGAGCAAUGAAAAUCCUGGAUCUCAAUUGACCACCCCAAUGCUGAUAAAAAAAUAUGGGUAUCCCGUGGAAAGCCAUAAAGUAGUGACAUCAGAUCACUACGUAUUGACAAUGCACCGAAUUCCACACGGAAAAAACGAAUUUUUAAGUGAAAAUGAAAUUGAGCAGAAAAAGCGUCCAGUCGUAUUCCUCCAGCAUGGCCUGUUUGCAAGCUCCUUUGAAUGGAUGAUGAAUUUACCUGAAAAGCUCCUAGCAUUAAAGUUAGCGGACUCUGGAUGGGACGUGUGGUUGGGAAACGCACGAGGAAAUGCAUAUUCCAGACAACAUUUGACCUUAUCUCCGAGUGAAAGAAAAUUCUGGGAAUUUAGCUUUCAUGAAAUGGGGGACAAAGACAUUCCUGCCGAGAUUGAAUAUGUAUUGAAUAAAACGGGUCACAAAAAGCUAAAGUAUGUCGGAUUUUCAAUGGGGACGACAAUGUUUUGGUCCAUGAUGUCGUUACAUCCUGAAAUGAAUGAAAAAGUGAGUCUCAUGGUAGCUCUAGCUCCAGUCGUCUACAUAAAUAAUAUGAUGGGAUUCCCACGAUUCCUUGCUCCAUUUCAUAGAUUAAUAAAGUACCUCUUGGAUGUUAUCGGCAACGGUGAAUUUCUGCCCCCUUGGCUUCUAAGAAUUUACAACGGGAUCGGUACAAAGCUCUGCUCAAACACGUGGAUAGCUGAAUCGAUAUGCGCUAACAUAAACUUUUUAUACUCUGGAUGGGAUCUGCCGCAAACUCAGAUUAAUCAGCUCCCUCUAUUCUACAGUCAUACGCCCUCACCCACGGCGACCAGGACUUUGGCACAUAUUGCUCAGCUUAUCCAUACCGGAGUUUUUUCUGAGUAUGAUUUCGGAUAUAGAGAAAAUAUUAUGCGCUAUGGGAAAUCAGUGCCUCCAAAAUAUAAUCUUAAAAAUACUACGGUACCAGUGGCUUUAUUAUGGGGUCCAAACGAUGCUGUUGUCAGUGCAAUAGACGUCAAAAGACUCGCAUCCGAGUUGCCCAAUUUGGUGUUUAAUUCUCCCGUUGAAUAUCCAUUGUGGGGUCACUUCACGUUUCAUCUCGGUAAGGACACAGAUGCACUAGUGAAUCCGGUUAUCCUAAACCUUCUUUCAACGUUCGACAAGUAGAGUCACCUUCGAUUUGAAACUCAUCCGAAAAAGUUCCUUGAGAAAAAGUUAGUUACCACAAAGUAUUUUUUAUCUAUGUAUUACCGUGUGCAGGUCCAAUGCAAAUAAUCCUGUGAAUAAUAUGCCAGUUAUAUAGGAUUCUAACUAUUUGACAAAUGUGAUUUUGUAGACUAAUAGCUCAUAAUUCAGCCUUUUUGUAUGACAAAUAUUAUAUUUCAAAAAUAAACAAGAAAUGUAUACAAUUUAA